ACUCUGAGUCACUCGGCCGCACGGAGGUCCGCAGUCCUCGAGCCGACGGGUCUCUCGUUUUAACGUAACUUUUAAAUGAAAUUAUUAAGGGAUUAUUACCGGAAAUAAGCGCAGCGGUUCACCAAACGAAAUGGACUCCAAACACCAAAGUGUUGUGAUGGAGCGGCUGGUCAACGAGCUGGGCUCUCUGCUGAAGCUGCUGGAUCACGAGACGGUCAGUCCCGCCACUAGCGACAAGAUGGCCUCCAUCCGGAACAUUCUGGACUCCAUGCAGCUGUCAGUCAACGGUUCAGACGUCUACAUAAAAAGCUGUCUCUACGGCAACGGCACCAGUUUCGUGGAGUCUCUGUUUGAGGAUUUCGAAUCCUGUGCUGUUCCAUCAGACUGUGACCUGCACAUGCUCAGUGCCUCUCCAGAGGAGCACAAAGAGCACACAGAAGAAGAGGAGACGGCUCAACUCUGUAAAUCGACACCGAAUGACACGCCCCCUCCUCUGCCAACCACCCCCCUCCCCGAUGACUACUACGAAGAGGCUGUUCCUCUUGACCCUGGUUCCGCGCCUCAGUACUUUACCACCAACAUGAACACAGCUUCCAGGGACUCCGUGGAGGACGCCUACUAUGAAGACGCAGACGAUAACUACCCCAUCACCAGGAUUAAUGGGCCGCCCAAAAACUCCUACAACGACUCCGAUGCUCUGAGCAGCUCGUACGAGUCCUACGAAGAAGAGGAGGACGAGGAGGGCAAGGGACGACAACAGGCCGGGGAGAGUCCGGAAGAACCAGUAAAAGACUGCCGCAUCUGUGCCUUCCUACUGCGGAAGAAGCGCUUUGGCCAAUGGACUAAGCAGUUAGUCGUUGUCAAAGACCAAAAACUGCAGUGCUAUAAGAGCAUCAAAGAGAGCAGCCCCCACACAGAGCUUCCUCUGAAUCUGUGUAACGUCAUAUACGUCCCGAAGGAAGGCCGGAAAAAGAGACAUGAACUGCGCUUCUCGUUGCCUGGAGGCGAAGUUCUGGUCCUGGCGGUUCAGAGUAAAGAGCAGGCCCAGCGGUGGCUCAAGGUGGUGCAAGAUGUUGGAAGCCAAUGCAGCAACACUGAAGGAUCCACGUCUCCGAUUAUACAGAGGAAGUUGGAGCUUGACAAGGUGCUGCAGUGCGAGCGGCAGGCAUCGGACUCUGACAGCGGGCCGACAGCAGAAAACCAGUCCACUGCACUGGGACCAGGACGGGACACCAGUGACUCACUGAACAGGGGGAAGCGCGGAACCUUCUCUGAGCUGACGGGCUCGAUGAGCAGAGCUGCUGGGAAGAAGAUCAACCGGAUCAUCACUUUCUCCAAACGGAAACCUCCUUUACCAGGAGAGCCUCCCUCGGCUUCUGGUCAUCACGACAACCCCCGCUGCGGCUUCCUCAGUGUGUGUCUGAGCGGCUCUUGGAAGGAGCAUUGGUGUGUGGUGCGAGGAGGAAACUUGUACAUGCAGAAGGAACCCGGGGACCGGCGGCCACCGGUCAUCGUGGUGCCGCUCAAAGGUGCAGAAGUGGCGACAGGCGGCCUCGGCCCCAAACAUCCCUUCUCCUUCUGCAUCCUGCAGGAGGGCAGCGAACUAGCAUCUUUAGAGGCGAGCUGCUCGGAGGAUCUGGGCCGCUGGCUGGGCGUGUUGUUUGCAGAGACCGGCAGCGCCACGCUCCCUGAAGAGCUGCACUAUGACUACAUCGACGUGGACACGCUCACUGACAUCCGCCACGCCGCAAGGCACUCCUUCCUAUGGGCCACGACCACUGCGGCUUCCUCCAGCAGCGCCUCGACAGACUCCAGGACAUAUGACGAGGUCUAUGAAAGCAUCGAGGCGGAUGUGGAGAGCAGAGCUGGCCAGGUGAGACGCCAUGCCUCCUUCUCCAGCAGGGACUCUGAAAAAACUGAACAACAGGCAGCGGUUAAGAGACACGCCUCCAAUGUAAAUCCGUACGCACGGUAUGGCAAGACGCGUGCAGAGGAAGACGCCAGGCGCUACCUGACUCAGAAGGAGGGGCUGGAGAGGCAAAAGGAAGCGCUUCGACAUGCACUGGUUACCCUCCGCAUGGAGAAGAAGGAGGUGAAGGAGGAGAUGAAGAGCGCUGCAGGUCAUGGUGUGGAACAGCGGUUAGCCAAGCUGGAGACGCUGUGUAAACAGAAAGAGGAGGAGAGGGUAGAACUGGAGCUCAGACUGACCGAGGUCAAAGAGAACCUGAAGAAAUCGUUGGCUAGAGGAGCUUUGGGUCCUCCCACUGACACAAAGAUCAGCAACAAGGCACAGGGCACUAAAGUGGAGAAGGUUUACAAUGAGACUCUGCCCAUUAACUCUGCAACUGAGCUGCGUAAACGCCCACCAACUCUCUACGCCUCCUCCAAGGGGAAUGUCAUGCAGAAGGCAAAGGAGUGGGAGUCAAAGAAGGGGACCUAGACUGAAAGAAUCCUGGAUUGACAGGUGGAUACAUGCAGAGAAAAGAACUGAGCAGUGAAGGGAGCAUGUGGAAGAAGAAGAAACUGUUAAAGAUAACUGGCUCUGGGAAGAAGAUGAGGAAGAAGAAGCAGAGGUGAGCGGGGGAAGAAGAGAGACUGAGGCACAAUCUUUCCUUCUCACCUGUCAAUAAAAAGAGGAACCUUUGCAAGUAGAGUCCGCAUGGUGCCGUCGCAACCACUGUACAUAUGACAGACGCCAUUGAUGUACCAGUGCAGUAUUAAUGUGGAUAGGGGUGAACAGUAUUGUUAACAUUUGCACAGGGCUGCAGGAAGGGAAUUAUUUCAGAAAUGCAUCACAAAGCGAGGGUGUGGUUCAUGAACACUGAGUUGUUACAGGAAGAACUUUCACAGAUUUUAUUCCCUUUUUAAAUGGAUCCAUAUCCUGACAUUUUUAUUACCUUAAGUUAUCUUUAUUAGAAAGAGAAGUAACCCACAUUUUGUGUAUUUAAACCAUUAGGGAAUCAUAUUGAGUAUGGCACUGUUCCUGAAACAAACAAGUAAAUGUUUAUUAUUGCAAUGUGAAACUAUUGGGUUUUCAACCAUUAUGUGUAUUUUUUUGCAUUUUGCACUUUAUCUUGUUGUAUUUUGUGAUUACACAAAUGGAAAUUUAGCGUUUGCACCCCGUUAAAAUGUUUGUCUACUUUCUCUGGUCACCAGCGACACGAAAGAACACACGAGGAGUAAACGAUGGCUUUAUUACGACCUGUUGUCUAAUGGACUGUUUCUUUUAGAGUUCCUUUGUUUCAGCCUUGGACCUCAUCAAAAGAUUAGUUUAGUGGAAGAAACCAGCAGCAGAAUCACAACUCUGAACUAUAAGCGCCAUCUAGUGGUGAAAUCGAAUAAAAGCAGUAGCUUGAAUAUUUUUAUGUUUUUCAAAUUCCAGAAUUUGGCUACGCAACCAAUCAACGUAAUGAAUUCUAAUUAUUAGAAAUGGAUUAGUUGAUAAACUGAGUUUUGAUCUUAAAUUUUUUUUUUUUGUAUUUGAUAAAAUGCUCCUGGAGGAAAAUACGUCAACACCGCAAAU